GCAUCGGCAGGGCUCGGGCAGAGCCCGCUCCGCCCGGACCAGCCGCUCCUUGUCCCGGUGUCCCAGCCCAGCCAUGCCGCUGCCCCGCGUCCCGCUGUGCGCCCUGCUGCUGCUCGGCCUCCUCCUGCGAGCCGCCGCCGAGUCGGUGAGAGAAACUGAAACCAUGGAUGCUGGAUGGCUUGGCUACCCUGCCUCUGGAGAGCUGCCAGAUGAUGAAGACAUUGAUGAAUUCAGGCCUCACUUAACCACUGAUGGGUUAGAUAUAGAUGAGACAUCUGGGUCAGGAGACUACCCAGACUCUGAAGAUGGCUUGUAUCUGACCACCAUGGAUACCCCUGUGAUAUCUGACAACUAUAUCCCUGGAGAUACUGGGAGAAAGAUAGAAGGUGAGAAGGAAAACACAAUGGUGGACAAUGAAAUCAUUCCAGACAAAGCUGUACCUGUUGAAGAGAACCUGUCCAACAAGAUCUCCAUGGCAAGCACAGCCAACAGCAGCAUCUUUGAAAGAACAGAAGUCCUUACAGCUCUGAUCGCAGGAGGAGCAGUGGGUCUCCUGUUUGCCAUCUUCCUGAUCCUGCUCUUGGUCUAUCGCAUGAAGAAAAAGGACGAGGGCAGUUACGACCUGGGCAAGAAACCCAUCUACAAGAAGGCCCCCACAAAUGAGUUCUAUGCCUAAAGCUCAGCAGCACCUUGUGCCCAUCAAGGGACAAACAGACUGUAUGGAAACACUGUGCCCUCAGAUGAGAUGUGCUGAACAAAUGCUUUUUUAUUUUUUGGAUUGAAUUUCAAAGUGACUUUGAGAAAAAACAAACUUCCUUCGUGACCCUUCCCAUCCCGCUCAGCUAACAAGGGCCCAAUGAAAUACAAAGAGUCUGAAAAAAAACCCUCAGUGUAUUUUUUUUUUCCUAAGUUAGUGUAUAAAAAGAAUAAAGAUGCCAAAUUUUCUGCUUGGUUUUAUAGAGGGUAUAUAAACACAAACCAGACUGUAUGGAAGCAAACACCAUGUGUUUGCAUCCAGCAUGCUGUGCUGGGAUUGGCUGCUUCUAUAGAAUAUGGCUUUUUUUUAAAAAUAUGAAUCUUGCUACUAGAUGUCUUGCAGCAGGCUGUUGAUGUGAAGCAUUUUUGUGGAGAAUUAUUUAUGAAUCUCUUACACUACAGAUAAUGUUGCCUUAUCAGGGAGUAAAGGCCCACAAGGGCUCAAUAUCCCUGAAUGCCAUAAAGGGCCUAUGGGAAUGUCUUCCCCAGGAGACUUCUGUCUCUUCCUGUUGGCCCCAGGCAAGGGUCAUUAGUCCUCAAAAUCAGGACAGCCAGUUGUGUUUGGCUAUGGCAACACCCUUUCCUUGCCUUGAGUCUCUUACCUUUUUUAAAGGAUUGCUUGUAGGAUUUUUUUAUAACAAAAUUUUAAAGAAAAUAGCCUAAUGUUUAUAUAAAGUUUGUAGAAAUUGUUUUGAAAUAAUAAAAAGAAUAAUCUACUUUUUUAAUUUCCUCAGAUUUAUUUUUUCAAUCCCUUUGUGUUUCCUUUGGCCGGGCAUUUCUCUGGAGAUGCUGUUUUAUAUGAUUCAUAUUCUGAACUGAAGCAGAGUUAGUUACAGAGUGUUACAGGUUCUUUCUAGUUCUAUAGCAGCUACUAUAGAGGGUAAAUAUAUUUAUGGUUUUCUCAUAAUUUUUCUAGGAUUUUUUAAAAAUAGAAUUAUUUAUAGUUUCUGAAAUGGCUGCUUUCUCAUUUGGUAACUUUUAUCCUUUUUAUGUAAAACACUAAUAUAAUGAGUCUCUGUGAAAACUAUUUAAGCUUUAUUCUGUGAAUUUCAAUUACAAAUUCAAGGCCAUAACUUCUGUAUGCAAAGUUGGAUGCGUAAAUAUGAUUGAAGUAGGGAAAAGACAAGAGUAAUUCUAGGCUGUAAUAUAUUACAAUCAGUCCUAUAGAGCUAUAUAUUAUAUAUUUUACUGAGAUAUAUACAGAUGAGAAUGAAAAGGCUGGAGUUAAUUCUUCAGCAGCCUUAUGGUGUGGUGUGUAAGAGGCUUUUGAUCUUGUUUGUGCUGCUGUUUGUCCAGUGUCUUGUGUAGAGCACCAGGGGCUCUGUGGCUGUGUCCUGGCUCCUGGAAGCUGCUGUGGCCAGGAUGUGCCAGGUUUGAGCCACAGUCAGAGCACAGAUCCCCACCUGGAGCUGCACUGGAAGUAUGGAGGUGAUGACUUUCUGUCCCCUGUGGAGCUGUGCUGAGCCCUGCCCCUUAGGGGUGGCAUCUACCAGGCAGCACCAAGCUUUCAUAGGGGCACUGUGGAUCUUUUAACAUCUCCUGUGCAUGGCUCCUACCUCCACUGAGAGUGGGACCAGCCCCCAGAGCAAAGGGGGAUGUGUGUCUGUCUCCAUGUCACGAAGCUGUUAACAGAACCAUGAGCAAGUUGGGUCCUCCUGCAUCUCUGAGUCUGAUGUGAGAUAAAAAUCUUGAGUGUGGGUCCCCAAACCGAGCACCUGAGCAGGCAGCACUAAACCAGGCAGUUGUGAAGGCUGGUUGGAAAUCUUCAUGGUUCCUGAAGCUUCCUUCCUGAGGCUUUGCUGUAAGAUUGAGGCCAAAUCCAGAGAGCUGAUAGAAAAAAAUUGUCACCCCUUCUUGGGGUGAGGCAGGAACAUGUGUUGAGACAUCAGUGGCAGAGGUCUUCCUCUGGGUGACUCACUUGGUCCCAGUACAAGUGUGUUCAGGGAAACUGUGGGCUCUGGGAGGCUCUCAAAGCUGCACAGAGUUCACUGGAGGCUGGAAAAGAGAGGGAGGACUAGACUGCCUGUGGGCAGCUCUGCCAGGCAGGCAGGAGCUGUGGCUGCUUCUCGGGAUAUUUCGAUUCUCUUGUGUAAUUGCUCUUGGGGAUUUUCCACUGUUACUGGUUUUUAUUUUUUUUUUUCUCAAAUAAAUGGUACUUUCUAAAACUGG